AUGUUGGAGAUAAAUCAGUGCGGUUUAUCAUCUUCAUCAGAAAUGGGUGGUGCCUCAAAUUCGUCCAGCUGUGUUCAAACUACCUUGAAGAUGCUUUACUUUAUGUUAUUUUGUUGCUGUACCUGGUCUACAGCAAUGAACAUUAAACCGAAGAAAGUGCUCGGAGUAUUAGAGGAAGCAUUCAGAGAAGUGCUUGCAGAUGUACAGAACGAAACAUAUAGUAUUACGGACGAAGAGGAAGAUCGACGUCGUCGACGUCGCCGUCGUAUGCUCCAGGCCAAUCGUGAUAUGCUUACAUUAAUGGAAAAGCGAAAAAAAAGACUUAAAGCGAAUCUAAUCAAAGCGAAAAACAAUCAUUUCUCAUCCAAAACAGUUUAG